ACAUCUCCGUCCGAAAGGGAAACGAGGAGAGGGAGCGAGGGGAAGAGAGAGCAGAAGGGACGUGAACGGAAGGGAGGCACGAAUCACUGAAAAGCAAAGCUGGACACACGCGUAACGCAAUUCCGGGCGUGCGUAAAGGCACCAAGCAAACUAAUGUUAAGCGGACAAAUGUAAACACUGAGAGAUAUUUUUUGGACACGUUUCCGCUGCCGGAGAGCGUUGUUGGGGCUGUGUUGGAGAAAGAGGGUGAUUCUGGCGCUGUGGAGAGACUUCUCUCUCUGUUAUCUCCUUCUCUGUAUUGUUCGCUCUGGAAUUACGGGAAGUUCUUGUUUUCGACUCCUGGGGAAGCGUUAAAUGCAAAUGCGGUAGGUGACUCCGGGCUUUCGGCAACUCAGCAGACUUGAAAGGCAGUUUUUUUUGUUUUUUUUUUUGUUGGUUCCACGUUGUGUACUCGGCUGUGCUGUUUGAUUCACUGAAAUGUGAGACACUAGCGAAGUCGACACAUGACAAACCGCUGCAUCCAGCUGUUUUAUUAGCCGCUACUGGAGCCGUCCACUCACGCCUUUUUGGAUCGGAUAUGCUGAGAAAAGUUUUUAAGAAUGAAGAGGAGAAAAUUCCCAUAGCACGCCCCUGGUUUCUGGUCGCAUCGCCGCCGUCUGCUGAAGUGGAUCUGGUGAAACGGUGUUGUUAUUUUAGUCUUUUUCAAGCCUUCAUCAUUUCUAUGCUGUGGCCACAGCAGAGCUGACAUGCGUCUGGGAUGGGGAUAUAGUGCGGUGACCUACUGAAAUUGCCUGAUUAUCGAGCUGAUAGUGAAAGAGCAAGACAUCCGGGCGCAGGUAGGGAACCGACCGUAGUGCCUGCUUGUGCGCCGCGAACCCCCGCUUCCAGCCCGCCGUGAGCCAGUAGCAGGACUCGGUUACUUUGUGAGGAGAGUCUCCGGAGCCGAUAUGGAGGAGUGGAGACAGUGCGGGCGGUGGUUGAUUGACUGCAAGGUCCUGCCCCCGAACCACCGGGUCGUGUGGCCCUCUGCGGCCGUCUUCGACUUGGCACAGGCCCUGCGAGACGGGGUGCUCCUGUGCCAGAUGUUGCACAACCUCUCCCCGGGAUCAGUGGACCUGAAGGAGAUCAAUUUCAGACCCCAGAUGUCACAGUUCCUGUGUUUGAAGAACAUCCGGACGUUUCUCAAGGUGUGCCACGACAAGUUUGGCCUGCGCAACAGCGAGCUGUUUGACCCUUUCGACCUCUUUGAUGUCAGGGACUUCGGCAAGGUCAUCUCUGCUCUAUCCAGAAUCUCCCACCACAGCAUUGCACAGAUCAAAGGCAUCAGACCCUUUCCAUCAGAGGACACAGCUCUGAAUGAGGAUGAUGUGUACCGGAGCCUCGAGGAGCUGGCUGAUGAGCAUGACUUGGGUGAGGAUGACAUCUACGACUGCGUGCCGUGUGAGGACGAUGGGGAUGACAUCUACGAGGACAUCAUUAAGGUGGAAGUACGACAACCCAUGAAGAUGGGUAUGACAGAAGAUGACAAAAGAAACUGCUGCUUAGUGGAGAUCCAGGAGACUGAAGCAAAGUACUACAAGACUUUAGAGGACAUCGAGAAGAAUUACAUGAUUCCAUUGAAGCAAGUCUUGACGCCACAGGACAUGGAAGCUAUCUUUGUCAAUCUGGAGGAUGUAAUCAAAGUCCACUUUGCCCUCCUGCGAGCCAUCGACCUGAACAUGGUCAGUGGAGGAAGUGGCUUGGGCAAGAUCUUCCUCGACUUCAAGGAAAGGUUGCUGAUCUACGGUCAGUACUGCAGCCACAUGGAGAACGCCCAGAAGACACUGGAUGAGGUGAUAGCGACGCGAGAGGACGUCAAGAUUAAAGUAGAGGAAUGUACCAUGAAAGUGCAGGAGGGGAAGUUCAAGCUGCAGGAUCUUCUGGUGGUUCCCAUGCAGAGGGUGCUGAAGUAUCACCUACUACUGAAGGAACUUUUGAGUCAUUCUACUGACCGACCAGAGAGACAACAACUAAAGGAGGCUCUGGAGGCGAUGCAGGACCUGGCCAUGUACAUCAACGAAGUCAAGAGGGACAAUGAGACGCUGAAGAAGAUCAGCGAAUUCCAAAGCUCAAUAGAAAAUCUUCAGCAGGUGAAACUGGAGGAGUACGGGAGGCCAAAGAUCGACGGAGAGCUGAAGGUGUGCUCCAUCGUCAACCGAACGAAACAGGACCGGUAUAUAUUCCUGUUCGAUAAAGUGGUCAUUGUCUGCAAGAGGAAAGGCUAUAGCUAUGAACUCAAAGAGAUUAUUGAACUGCAGUCAUAUAAAAUGUCGGACGACCCCAUGAACAACAGAGACAUGAAAAAGUCGAGUGGAAAAAUGUGGUCUUAUGGUUUCUACCUGAUCCACCUGCAAGGGAAGCAGGGCUUCCAGUUCUUUUGUAAAACUGAGGAGACAAAGAGGAAGUGGAUGGAGCAGUUUGACAUGGCCAUGUCCAACAUCAAGCCAGAGAGAGCCACGGCCAAUCAGCAUAACUUCCAAAUGCACACAUUUGAUAAGAACACCAACUGUCGAGCCUGCAAGAUGCUCCUGAGGGGCAUCUUCUAUCAGGGCUACUACUGCUCUCGCUGUGGAACAGGAGCACACAAAGAGUGCCUGGAAGUCAUCACCAUCUGUAGAAUCAAUCCUCUUGACUUGGAACCUGGAAUAUCAUCAGGUCCCAAAAUGGUGGCGGUGAGGAACUACCACGGCACACCGGCACCGCCGGGGAAGACGCCCCUCUGUUUCCAAACAGGAGAUUUCAUCGAGCUGCUGAAGGGAGAUCCUGACACCUCAUGGUGGGAGGGAAAGCUGAUACAAACGCAAAAGAGUGGCUUCUUCCCCAGUUCGUGUGUCAAACCUUAUCUGGACCCAAAGCCCUUCCAGUCAUUAUCCAGCCGGCAGUCAUCAAGGGAAGCAGACUACUAUGGAUAUCCUUGGUUUGCAGGAAACAUGGAGCGCCAGCAGGCAGACAACCUUUUAAAAUCCCACAGCAGCGGGACCUACCUUAUCAGAGAGAGGACAGCUGAGGCAGAGAGGUUCGCCAUCAGCAUCAAAUUCAAUGACGAAGUAAAACACAUCAAAGUCAUUGAAAAAGACAGCUGGAUUCACAUCACUGAGGCCAAAAAGUUUGAGAGUCUUUUGGAGCUGGUGGAGUACUAUCAGUCCCAUUCACUAAAAGAAAGCUUCAAGUUACUGGACACCACGUUGCGAUACCCCUACAAGUCAAGAGAACGCUCGCUAACUCGGGCCAGUACGCGCUCACCAGUGUUUACUCCUCGGGUGGUCAGCACAGCAGUGGCCAGGUAUAACUUUGCGGCACGGGACAUGCGAGAGCUGUCCCUGCGGGAAGGAGACAUUGUCAAAAUCUACAGCAAGAUCGGCGGAGACCAGGGCUGGUGGAAAGGAGAGGCCAACGGACGAAUUGGAUGGUUUCCGUCAACUUACGUGGAUGAAGAGGGAGUGCAGUAAGACGUGGAUGUUUGCUGGCCCGGCUCCCUUUAAAUCAGGAACCGUCUUUUAUCUACUGUUCUCAGAGAAAAUUACUCACUCUCUCCAGGAAAAUAACACAAGGAAAAAAGAACUUUUUUGUUGUUGUUUUUGCUGGAUGCUCAUUUUUCAGCAAGUGUUUCUACCCCGUUUGUCUAUCUUCAAUUAUGCAUCAGCUUUGCUUUUGUUUGGAUUUUUUGUUUUGUUUUUUCUUGAGGAUGUCCUGUUUAAUUUCUCUACAGGAAAGAAGAAAAAAGCUGGCUUGCUAUCUGCAAGCCUCUGUGUGCUCUGCAGAGGCUUUAUUGAACUGAGGACACAGCAGAAGUGACUGUGGAUAGCUCUCCUUUGAAAAAGGCUCCCCUUUGUCGCAGGUCUAUGCGAGGUGAAAUAAUUGUACAGAAUAGAUAAUUUAUUGAAUAGAGAUUAUUAUCAUUACUUAUGAUUAUUGUGGGGAAGUGGAUUUUAGGAACAGCAAGGAAUCAGAUGAGAAAAACUAAAGAAAGACAGAAAAAAAACAGAUGCUCCAUUUUCAUGUUGAGAGAUUUUUGCCUUAGUUGUCAUGGUGAUGCCUUGUGGGCUGACACCAGUGGAGGGAAUCGACUUUGUUGACUGGUUUUACUUCUCCAUGUAUGCAUGUGCCCAUGUGCGGCCCACACAAACACACACACAGACCAAUGUACAGUACGGUGCCUUUGAAGAGUGGUCGCUUACUGAACCUCAACAUCAGCCAGUAAAGAACGUUGCCAUCCCCGAGAGGAGUCGGACCCACAUGCAGAAGACUCUGCUAAAGGAGGGGAGAGGCACUUAUAGAACAUACUGGGGAGGGCUCGCCUUCUGAACCCCCGAAAGCAAGAUGGUGAAGCAUUUAACUUAUCCUAACUGGCGACUGGAUGGACUCACAGAGACAGUUGGAGGGUUUUUAUAGCCAACAACCAUCACAUACACAGUUCACGUCGCUUGUCAUGAGUCUCGGGGUGCAAUCAGCUGGAUUCAAAAGGGAAACAUCAAGACAUUCCACCCGACAACCACGUCACACUAUAAAAUCUCUGUGUUCAUUGUUUGACUUUUUUUUUUUGCACAGAUUUUUAAGUUUUCAGAACUGGACCAACCGUGUUUUUUAUUAUUAUUAUUAUUAUUAUUAUUAUUUGAAGCCAAAUUCAGCCAUGUUUUAAUGUCUGCAUGGAGUUUGAUCGAUUGUUCUGAUUUUUGUACCUUGCCUUAUUUUUGCAGAUGAUCAGGUGACGGGAUUUGUUUUUCCUUAAUGUCAAUCGUUUUUCACGUGUGAUAUCCAUUUUGGUGCUGUGCAGACUGGUGAAAAUUAAAUAGUGUCUGAAGGUUUUGAAUCUGAAGGAAAACUGUGUGUGCUAAUUAACAUGAAUCCACAGAAGGAGCCCUUAAUCAUUUUGUGAUUUUCUAGGGGUGCAGUGCUCAGUGUUUGCUUUUACUUCCAGUUAUUUCCUAGUGCCAUAAAUAUGUUUACAGAUUUACAGCCAUUUCAGCUGCAGUGUGUCACCAUACAGAUUUAAUCAGUUUUUUAUUCAGAGCAUAAAUGUACCAGAUAGGUUUCGAAUUCUCGCUAUACAGAAAUGUUUGAUGACCCUGUCGGCUCAGCUUUCUUUAAAAAGCUCAGAUUUUGUUUGACUUCAAUUUAAUAUACAGUAUAUUGACUUAACCCCUGUUGAUAUGGCCUUACCUUUAACUUUCUUCCACCUUCACAUUUGAGUAUUGAUAUAUUGCUCAGAGAUUACACUGAACUGUCCCUUCCUACAUUUGAAAGUUUCACAGCCCACAAAAGCUAAGAAAAUAAGAAGCGCUGGGCUAGAAAUGAGAAGUUAAGGAAAGCAACUGUCCUCUUGCUGCAGAUGGGUUCAGAAUAAAUCAAUCUGAACGAUCUCACAUAACAUUCACACACUGAGAAGUAAAGUGCAAACCCUGAGCACAUCAGCUCUGGCCGGGUCACAAAGACUGAUGGAGCAGAAGAUGCUGAUAUGUUUAGUUUCUAAACUUUUAACUGUCUAUGAUGUGUGUUAUUGCAAUGGCUGACCGCCCCGAAAAACAUAAAGUCCUACCACUGUGUGAGGGAGACGCAGAGGAGGCCUCCAUGUU